CCUUCUUUUCCCUGCAUCUGACUGCCUUGGCCGCUUCAGCACAAUGAGAACAACAGCCAUUGUCUUACUAUUGGCUCUGACACUUGCAACCAUGUUCAGUAUAGAAUGUGCCAAACAGACGAAACAGACGGUUGACUGCAGUCAUUAUAAAAAGUUACCACCAGGACAAGAGAGAUUUUGUUAUCAGAUGUAUGAGCCAAUUUGUGGAUCUGAUGGCAAAACUUAUAACAAUGAUUGCUUCUUCUGUUCUCAAGUUAAUCUAGAGCUUGACCUGGCAGAGUUCCGAAAGAGGGAUCUGGGUAUAGAAUCAAGACAACUGGUGAUGACAGCCUUACUGAUCAUUGCAGAAGACUCACAUGAGAAUGGCGCCAUUGUAGAAAAUGAGUUUUGA